AUGGAUGAUGAAUUUCAUGUUCAUACGACGACACAUACGAAAGAAAAACCAUAUUCUUGUGAAAUUUGUAAAAAGUCUUUUUCUGUUAGUGGAACUUUGAAAGUUCAUAUGAGGACACAUACGAAAGAAAAACCAUAUUCUUGUGAAAUUUGUAAAAAGUCUUUUUCUGAGAGUGGAAAUUUGAAAGUUCAUUUGAGGACACAUACAAAAGAAAAACCAUAUUUUUGUGAAAUUUGUAAAAAGUCUUUUUCUGAGAGUGGAAAUUUGAAAGUUCAUUUGAGGACACAUACCAAAGAAAAACCAUAUUCUUGUGAAAUUUGUAAAAAGUCUUUUUCUGAGAGUGGAAGUUUGAAAAAUCAUAUGAGGACACAUACAAAAGAAAAACCAUAUUCUUGUGAAAUUUGUAAAAAAUCUUUUUCUGUGAGUGGAACUUUGAAAGUUCAUUUGAGGACACAUACCAAAGAAAAACCAUAUUCUUGUGAAAUUUGUAAAAAGUCAUUUUCUGAGAGUGGAAGUUUGAAAAAUCAUAUGAGGACACAUACAAAAGAAAAACCAUAUUCUUGUGAAAUUUGUAAAAAGUCUUUUUCUGUUAGUGGAACUUUGAAAGUUCAUAUGAGGACACAUAUGAAAGAAAAACCAUAUUCUUGUGAAAUUUGUAAAAAGUCAUUUUCUGAGAGUGGAAGUUUGAAAGAUCAUAUGAGGACACAUACAAAAGAAAAACCAUAUUCUUGUGAAAUUUGUAAAAAGACAAAAGAAAAACCAUAUUCUUGUGAAAUUUGUAAAAAAUCUUUUUCUGUGAGUGGAACUUUGAAAGUUCAUUUGAGGACACAUACCAAAGAAAAACCAUAUUCUUGUGAAAUUUGUAAAAAGUCUUUUUCUGAGAGUGGAAAUUUGAAAGUUCAUUUGAGGACACAUACAAAAGAAAAACCAUAUUUUUGUGAAAUUUGUAAAAAGUCUUUUUCUGAGAGUGGAAAUUUGAAAGUUCAUUUGAGGACACAUACCAAAGAAAAACCAUAUUCUUGUGAAAUUUGUAAAAAGUCUUUUUCUGAGAGUGGAAGUUUGAAAAAUCAUAUGAGGACACAUACAAAAAAAAAACCAUAUUCUUGUGAAAUUUGUAAAAAAUCUUUUUCUGUGAGUGGAACUUUGAAAGUUCAUUUGAGGACACAUACCAAAGAAAAACCAUAUUCUUGUGAAAUUUGUAAAAAGUCAUUUUCUGAGAGUGGAAGUUUGAAAAAUCAUAUGAGGACACAUACAAAAGAAAAACCAUAUUCUUGUGAAAUUUGUAAAAAGUCUUUUUCUGUUAGUGGAACUUUGAAAGUUCAUAUGAGGACACAUAUGAAAGAAAAACCAUAUUCUUGUGAAAUUUGUAAAAAGUCAUUUUCUGAGAGUGGAAGUUUGAAAGAUCAUAUGAGGACACAUACAAAAGAAAAACCAUAUUCUUGUGAAAUUUGUAAAAAGGCAUUUUCUCAGAGUGGACAUUUCAAAAUCCAUUUGAGGACACAUACAAAAGAAAAACCGUAUUCUUGUGAAAUUUGUAAAAAAUCUUUUUCUGUGAGUGGAACUUUGAAAGUUCAUUUGAGGACACAUACCAAAGAAAAACCAUAUUCUUGUGAAAUUUGUAAAAAGUCUUUUUCUGAGAGUGGAAAUUUGAAAGUUCAUUUGAGGACACAUACAAAAGAAAAACCAUAUUUUUGUGAAAUUUGUAAAAAGUCUUUUUCUGAGAGUGGAAAUUUGAAAGUUCAUUUGAGGACACAUACCAAAGAAAAACCAUAUUCUUGUGAAAUUUGUAAAAAGUCUUUUUCUGAGAGUGGAAGUUUGAAAAAUCAUAUGAGGACACAUACAAAAGAAAAACCAUAUUCUUGUGAAAUUUGUAAAAAAUCUUUUUCUGUGAGUGGAACUUUGAAAGUUCAUUUGAGGACACAUACCAAAGAAAAACCAUAUUCUUGUGAAAUUUGUAAAAAGUCAUUUUCUGAGAGUGGAAGUUUGAAAAAUCAUAUGAGGACACAUACAAAAGAAAAACCAUAUUCUUGUGAAAUUUGUAAAAAGUCUUUUUCUGUUAGUGGAACUUUGAAAGUUCAUAUGAGGACACAUAUGAAAGAAAAACCAUAUUCUUGUGAAAUUUGUAAAAAGUCAUUUUCUGAGAGUGGAAGUUUGAAAGAUCAUAUGAGGACACAUACAAAAGAAAAACCAUAUUCUUGUGAAAUUUGUAAAAAGGCAUUUUCUCAGAGUGGACAUUUCAAAAUCCAUUUGAGGACACAUACAAAAGAAAAACCGUAUUCUUGUGAAAUUUGUAAAAAAUCUUUUUCUGUGAGUGGAACUUUGAAAGUUCAUUUGAGGACACAUACCAAAGAAAAACCAUAUUCUUGUGAAAUUUGUAAAAAGUCUUUUUCUGAGAGUGGAAAUUUGAAAGUUCAUUUGAGGACACAUACAAAAGAAAAACCAUAUUUUUGUGAAAUUUGUAAAAAGUCUUUUUCUGAGAGUGGAAAUUUGAAAGUUCAUUUGAGGACACAUACCAAAGAAAAACCAUAUUCUUGUGAAAUUUGUAAAAAGUCUUUUUCUGAGAGUGGAAGUUUGAAAAAUCAUAUGAGGACACAUACAAAAGAAAAACCAUAUUCUUGUGAAAUUUGUAAAAAAUCUUUUUCUGUGAGUGGAACUUUGAAAGUUCAUUUGAGGACACAUACCAAAGAAAAACCAUAUUCUUGUGAAAUUUGUAAAAAGUCAUUUUCUGAGAGUGGAAGUUUGAAAAAUCAUAUGAGGACACAUACAAAAGAAAAACCAUAUUCUUGUGAAAUUUGUAAAAAGUCUUUUUCUGUUAGUGGAACUUUGAAAGUUCAUAUGAGGACACAUAUGAAAGAAAAACCAUAUUCUUGUGAAAUUUGUAAAAAGUCAUUUUCUGAGAGUGGAAGUUUGAAAGAUCAUAUGAGGACACAUACAAAAGAAAAACCAUAUUCUUGUGAAAUUUGUAAAAAGGCAUUUUCUCAGAGUGGACAUUUCAAAAUCCAUUUGAGGACACAUACAAAAGAAAAACCAUAUUCUUGUGAAAUUUGUAAAAAAUCUUUUUCUGUGAGUGGAACUUUGAAAGUUCAUUUGAGGACACAUACCAAAGAAAAACCAUAUUCUUGUGAAAUUUGUAAAAAGUCAUUUUCGGAGAGUGGAAGUUUGAAAGAUCAUAUGAGG